GAACCAAAAAUUGCAUUAAAUUAACUAAUGAUGGUGAAAAGAUCAAGUAUAGGCAAGAGUGUCCUCAAGGUGAAAAUGUGGUAAAAAUAGUGUUUGAAGGGAACGAAGGGUCUACCGCUAAUCGAAGGUCCGCUGUUGAGUUGACGAACUCGAGCGAAUCAAGUUGCACGAGAACGAUCUUAAAUAACGAAGACAAUGGUUUUGCCGAGAUCUUGGAUGGAAACAUUGCCAAGGGCAAUAACGAAUCAGACAAAAACUCAACGCUUCCGCGUGCCGGCAAAAACGCAACCACGGUUAAGAUAAACACCUCAACAAAUGUUGUUAACAUUUCGGACAAUGCGAUCACUUUGGAGGGUUUUACGAAUCAAACGCCUGUAAAAAAAAAACCGAUCACGCUUAAAAGGCGCCCAAGGUUAUCUCACAGGCCAAAGAUAGACGUGAUCAUUCGAAUUCCAGAAAUGAUGCUUGUUCGGCCAACCCGAAAAGAAGUAGAGGAAAAGAACAUUCCAGUAACGUUGGAAGCAAGCUAUUAG